AACGAUAUAUCAUCCACAGCACACACCACGUGGAACUGCUCCACAGCGCGUAAACCCCACCCGAACCAAAACGCCGCGUGGACAUCCAUUCACACCGCUUGUACGCCCCUCGAUACCCUCCCCUCCCCCCCCCACCACCUUAUUAUUCGUCUCUCUCCUCUUUCCAGCCGGCCGUUUUUCCAAAUCCAAUUUCGCAUCAGAAAAAAAAAAAACUUCCAGAUUUAAAAAAAAACAAACAAUAAACAAUAGCCAAAAAAAAUAAUCGAAGCAGACAGAAGAUUUCUCUUGCUUUCCCCAAAAGGGUAAACUUUCCCCGGCGAUUCUCUCCUCGUAGGAAAUCGAUCCCCGGCGAUGGCGCGGACGGUGGUGGGCCCGCCGGCGGUGGUCGCGUACGCCCUAACGGAAGCCUCCAAUUGGUGGGACCAAAUUAACGAGUCCCGUGCUUGGCAGGAUCGCAUAUUCCACGUCCUCGCCGCUCUAUACGGCGUCGUCGCCGUCGUUGCUCUGGUACAAUUGGUACGGAUACAGUUGAGAGUACCCGAAUAUGGUUGGACGACUCAGAAGGUCUUCCAUUUUCUCAAUUUCUUGGUGAAUGGGGUUCGAUGUUUAGUUUUUAUUUUCCGCCGGGAUGUUCAAAAGUUGCAGCCAGAGAUUCUCCAACACGUCUUGCUCGAUAUACCGAGCCUUGCAUUCUUCACAACAUAUGCACUCUUGGUGUUGUUCUGGGCAGAGAUAUACUAUCAGGCACGUGCUGUAUCUACCGACACGCUCCGGCCGAGCUUCUAUACAAUUAAUGCCAUCGUUUAUACCAUUCAGAUUGUUUUGUGGCUGAUCAUUUGGUGGAAGCCGAUCCCUCCUUUGAUGAUUCUAUCCAAGAUGUUCUUUGCAGGUGUUUCUCUAUUUGCAGCCCUUGGGUUUCUUGUCUAUGGAGGAAGGCUCUUCUUAAUGUUGCAGCGGUUUCCCGUAGAAUCAAAAGGUCGACGAAAGAAGCUACAGGAGGUUGGCUAUGUGACAACCAUAUGCUUUACAUGUUUCCUAGUUAGAGGCAUAAUGAUGUGCUUUAACGCAUUUGAUAAAGCUGCAGACCUGGAUGUUUUGGAUCAUCCUGUUCUGAACUUUAUAUAUUACCUGUUGGUGGAGAUACUGCCUUCUUCUCUUGUGCUCUUCAUUUUGAGGAAGUUGCCCCCAAAGCGCGGGAUCACACAAUAUCACCCUAUUCGCUGACGGUUCUGCUGAUAAAGGUGAUCGCAAUAUCGAGACUGGAAAUAGUGGUGGAGUUGGUUCUGUGAGCUUCUAUCUCCCCAUUAAACGAUAUUGGAGAGAAUGGAGGGGGAGCUAAGAAAUUAUCAUUCUGUAUAUUGUGGUCAUGGCUAAUCUGUCCGGGAUUCUUUAUGGUCGAUUUGUUCUCACUAGCAGAUUCCAGGUUUGUUAAAAUGAUCAUUUCAGAUGAUAGGCAAAUGUGUUGUUUGUGACCUUUUUAGGUACUGGUUUUAGUCUUGUAUGUUGUAGAUCUCAUAAUCACUGUUUUCUUUUGGUGCAGACUUUGUAUUUUUGGCAUUUCGUUUCCACUCUGUCAAAAUGUGGGGUAUUGAUUCUUUUUUCCUCAA